CUGAGCAGUAUAAAAGCUCCCCAGCGCUGCUGAGCUGUGGUUCAGGUCUCUGGGAGCCGCCAUGAAGCUGAUCCUGGGUCUGAGUCUCGUCUGGACGCUGCUCAGCGCAGCUGCAGCGCUUCAGUGUCUGACCUGCACAGACACACAGUGUUCCAACACCACUCCGCAGACGUGCUCCUCGGAGGCGGCCUGUGUGACGGCUGCUAUUCAAGCGUCCACACCUGCGACCACAGUCCAGCAGCUGUGGAAGACGUGUGCACAGGCGUCCGUGUGCGCGGCCAACGGCUCCACCGCGUUCUCCCUCAGCACCACCGGUCUGAAGGCCACGGCAGCCAGUCAGUGCUGCAGCACCGACAACUGCAACGCCGCCGCCCCGAGCCUCCCUGGAGCUCAGGCACCAAACAGCUUUCAGUGCUUCUCCUGUGACUUCACCGACGGCAACUGCUCCACAAGAAUCCAAUGCAGAGGAAUAGAGAACAACUGCUUCAGAGCCAGUGUGACGAUCGGAGCGUCCACGUCUCUGACUCUGGGCUGCGUGUCUUCAACCCUGUGUGCAGCAGCCUCCAGCUUCACUCUGCCCGUGGUCCAAACCGUCUCCAACAUCACCUGCUGUGGGACCAGUCUGUGUAAUUCUGCCCCAGCAGCAGCGACAGCCUCCGCCUGUCUGCUGCUCGGGCUCCUCGCCCUCAGCCGCUGUUAG